AUGACAUGUAAACUGGUGGUGUUCCCAAAGGCGGCUAGGCAUGGUGGACGAGCACCUAGGCAACCAUGGCAAUGGGCACCUCGGCGCGCAAGAGCUCCUUCCCCUACCUCGCCGACGCCGGACGCGCAAGAGCUCCCCACCGCAGCCGGCGACCAGUCCCACCACCACCAACACCUGCUCCUCGCCGCGGUGGCCGCCGCUUCCCUCCUCGCCGUGCUCUAUCUCCUCCGGCCGGUGCUGCUGCUCGUGCUCUCCCCGGCCUCGCUCUCCUCCCUGGUCCUGCUCCUCUCCCUCCUCCGCCUCGGCUCCCCACCGCUGCCUCCCGCUCUCGCCGUCCCUCCUCCUUCCCCGCCGCCGACCGAGGACAAGCAGCAGACUCCCGAGGCCAAGUGCCCGCCGCCUCCCCCUCCUUCCUCUCUUCCUCCGCCGCCGCAGUGGGCGGGGACGAGCUUGGCGGGGCCACCCGAGCCUGAGCGGGCAAAGCAGUCGAGGCAGAGCAACACGGCGGCGUCCGGCGCCACGCCACGCAGCAAGAAGACGGCGACAGCGGAGGCGACCGCAAAGAGGAGGAGGAGGAGCUUGGAGGAGUGCUCAGAUCCUCCCUGCUAG